CUUCCUUUUCCAUUUUCUGAAUUAUCUGAAGCAAAUUCUGUCUGUAUUUACAUGUUAGAGAUUGCAAGAACUUGUUUCUUGUAGUUUCUGGUGCUUAAUUUGAAAUGGAUUUCUUCAAUUCUUUUGUUGUUCCCGUCAUAGUUACUGUUCUCGACUCUUGUGGGGUGAUUUUUAUUGACUUUUCAAUUACAUGGAGUUUGUCUCCUUUUGUUUUCUAUGAAUUAUAUGUAAUAAUCUCUUGGUUUAGUUCGCUAUUUUCAUUUUGUAGCUGGAAUAUGUUUUGGCCCUUGUGGGUUUGAUUAAUUAAUUAGUUAGUUUUAAAAGGUUUGUGGGUGUGGUGGGUAGAAACUUUGGUAAAGCAAAUCUUGCUCUUAGACCAGUUUCAUCGUUUAUUUCAGACUUUUUACCUUCUGUAUUGUCAAUUGUAAUGAUGAUUAUUAACUUCAGCAUGGCUAAAACUGUGUCAAUUACAAGUUUUUUCCUACUUACUUUUCCAAUUACCUGCUGUGUAGUAGUUCCAUCCCAAAAUUCAGUGGUUUUGGUUUGUGUUAUUCAGCUUGGGAUCAAUUCAGUUAUUACGAUUUUCUUUUUUCCCCAAAGUUUACUUUGGCCCGAUAUGCUCUAGAUACAUUUAAAAUUGGAUUUUCUAACAAUGUUUUCUGUGUAUGUAGCAAAUACUUCAUAUAGUUGACAAAUUCCAUUCAGUUUCAUUAUCUUUAUAUUUCUGUAUAAUAGACAAUGAAAAGAAAACAUACAAUUUCUGGCAGCUCUGGAUCAUACAAUUUCUUGCAACUCUGGGUGUUCUCUGGAUCAUAUAAUUUCUUGGAGCUCUGGGUGUUCUUGUAUGCUGAACAUCCAAGAAAUAUAUAUAUAUAUAUAUUAUUUUUUUUUGUGGUGGUGUUGAAGUUUUUUUAAUUACUAUUUGUGAAACCUUUUGUUUAGCUAUUUACAAGCUUUCACUUUUUAAUUUUUUUUCUUCUAAUGGAUGAUGGAUCAGCGAUGCUGUAAGAUAUUGUCGACAAUGCACAAAAGAUAAAGUACAUUAGACAGAUAUUUUGGGCACUAAACAUGACUGCUAUUUCACCUUUCCCAGUCAAGGAUCAAGGACAAAAACAGAGUUUUCUUCUUGAGGUUGCUAAUAGAGAGAAACAAUUGUGGGGAUUGAUAUAUAGCAAGGGUUUAUUGCAUUCUGAUGUUCAGGACUUAUAUCAUAAAGUGCUUUCCGAUUAUGAGAAAAUCAUCCUAAAAAAUUUUGAACAGUCAGAUCUUCAAGAUGUUGAAUAUUCUUUGUGGAAGCUUCACUAUAAGCAUAUUGAUGAAUUUCGUAAAAGAAUAAAGAAAAAUUCUCCUACGACAGAAAGCACAAAGUCCACAGGGCCACAUAAUACCACUUACGUGGAAGGAUUCAAAUCAUUUCUCUCAGAAGCAACCAAGUUCUACCAAAAUUUGAUUGUCAAAGUCAGAAAAUAUUACAGUCUUCCAGAGGAGUCUUUGUUCUAUAGAAAGGCUGGUAUCUCUUCUUCUGUUGAGCCUAAGACGUUGCAGACAUGCCAAUUUUUGUGUCAUCGAUUUUUAGUUUGUCUUGGUGAUCUUGCUAGAUACAGAGAACAACAUGAAAAACCUGAUAAUCGAGACCAUAACUGGUCAGUUGCAGCCACCCACUACAUGGAAGCAACAUUAAUUUGGCCAGAUAGUGGAAAUCCUCAAAAUCAGUUAGCAGUAUUGGCAACGUAUGUUGGUGAUGAAUUCCUUGCUUUGUACCACUGUAUCAGAAGUUUAGCUGUUAAAGAACCUUUCCCAGAAGCCCAGAAUAAUCUUAUACUCCUGCUUGAAAGGAACAGGUCUUCCCAUUUGCAUUCACAUUCAAAUAAGGCCCAGUUUAAUUUCCUGAAACCGUUUGAGAGAAGUGGUAUUGAGAUGAAAACACAAUCAAGUGAUGAUUUCUCAGAUUGCAAUAUGUUGGCCUCUGAGAAUAAUGGCUCUAUUCAUACAAACUUUUGGUCUGAUAUUAUCAAAGUAAUAAGUUUCUUCUUCAUAAAAUCCAGUUUGGAUGAAUUCCCUUGUGCAUUCACAUCUUGUAUGAAAGAGUUGGAUGCUCUGAUGGCACUAGAUGAUACAAAACUAAAAGCCAUCCUAGAGUCCUAUCAGCUUAUGGAUUCAGUUAGAACAGGCCCUUUUCGGGCCCUCCAAGUCGUUGCUACAUUACUUUUUACCCUGCAGAAUCUAAUUGAAAGGCAAGAUAAAAGAGAUUCGAAAGAUGUCAAGGAUGCACAGAAUAAUUUUCUUAACCAAUGGGCACUUACUUCUACAUUCAUUUUCAUGGGCCGCUUUGUGGAUAGAUGUCUGGAGGCUAGUGCAUUAGAUUCUUGCUCUCUUCUACCUGCUGUUCUUGUUUUUGUGGAGUGGUUAGUUCACAUGCUCGAUGAAGUAGAGAUUUAUGUGGUUGAUGAAAAAAGCAGAAGUGCCAUGUCUUACUUUUUUGGCGCGUAUGUUCACCUGCUAAAGAGAUUGAAUGUCAACAAGAAUGAAAUAUCUCUCGAUAGUACUCCUCUUUGGGAAGACUAUGAGCUAAGGGGCUUCAGACCUGUUGCUUCUGCACAGUUGUCAUUAAAUUUUUCUACUCAUUGGGAACAUGUAGAAAAUUUUAAAAGCGGAGCUGACUGUAGGACACGCCGCAUUAUCAGAGCUGGAUUUGAGAUUGCAAAAAGAUCAAGUGGUUUUCAAAAGUGGAUCAUAUAUGAUCAAUCAAGAGGAGAAUUCCAAAAUUCCUAUAUGGCCGGGUUAAAGGAAUUUCAUGAUGCGGAAAAGAUGGAGUCCAUCAAUUCUGAUAUUAAAACAGAUUUGCCUAAUCAGCAUUAUUGUAAAUCUGAAAAAGAAUAUGCGAAUGAGAUCCCAGGGGAAAAUUUCAGUCUGAAUGGAAAAUGUGCUAUCAUCGAAGAGGAAGAAGUCAUUCUCUUCAAGCCUCUCACUAGAUAUAAUUCAGCACCAAUAUAUACCAGCUCAAAUGAUGCAAGUUCUCCGAAAGAACUGAUGGAUCCAAUUGUACCCUCUGAUGACUGCUUGCGCCGUGCAACAUCACUUCUUAUAGCACAAAAUCAGGCACAUGGUGAAUCUUCAGCUUUCCACACUGACAUGACUAAUUUUGGGAACAAGUCAUCUAAGCAAUUAGAGCCUGGUGCAAAGGAUGCAGGGGCACAGCCAUUUUCAGACAUCCCAAUCUCUGCUGGGCCUCCUUCACUCAGUGCUUGGGUCCUUGACAAAGGAAGUUUGAACCAUGAUAAAGAGAAAGCAGCAGGUGGUAGUAGUAAACAUGGCUUGAGUCCUAUUGAGGAGGUAGUUUCUGAAUCUUUAAAUGGUCUGUCCAUCAGUGAAAAUGAAGAUCCUGUCAAUAAUCAUGUAUCUUCAACCACCAGCUACUCUACUUCUUAUUUGGCUCCAGUGCCUUCUGCUCCUUUACUGCCUGAUGAUGCUGUUUGGUUUUCUGGUCUUCAGUCUAGUUUUAUUGAUUCCAAAACUUUUGAGGGUGUCAACAGUACAGAAACUUUAUGCAAUGCCCCACAGGCAAGCAGCUAUCCAAAUUGGACUGCUAUGCGAGGGCCAGAGGAUUGUGGUCUUGGCAUUCCAGGUUUUCUGGAUACAUAUCCACCCGUGCGCAGAAUGACUUCAUCAGAAUGGCUUCGUCAGUACAGAGGAAACCAUAAUCUUGAGAGGUCAUAUUAUGCAUUUCCUCCUUUUUAUUCUCCUGGGAACCUUGGAAAUCUCUAUAAUCGUGAUGCUUCCAGGUUUGGUCCUUUUGAUCAAUUGGGAAAUCCUUUGGUCUCUAAUCCAGCCUUACAUAUGGAGAAUCCUCCAUUGUACCCAGCUUUCCCUCUAGAUUAUGGUGCAGAUGUUGGACAGAGAAGGGAGAAACUCUUUCAUGGUUACCAAAGACCAAAUCCCUUUGGCUGUGGUGCUGUAACAGAACUACGAAAUGAGCAGCAGCCACUUCUACAGUACCUCAAAGAAAAGGAAAGGCAACUCCAGCAGGAUCCUACUGCGAGGGGUCCAUACAUGGGAAAUUAGAUAGUUUCAUAUGAAACUGAAGACAGAACCAUCGUCAAGUUGUCAAGUUAUAGAAUUUGUAUUUGUGUUUGUAUAUAUGAAAGUAGAUGUUUUGGUAGGUAGGAGUUUGAAGAAAGUGUGUAGGAAAAUCCUACCGUCCAGACGUCCACAAUCUUCUCGAUGAAUUUGUGAAAAUACACUUGUUUCACUGUGUUGAGACUAAACUGACAGGAGAGAGCAUUCUGCUUGGAAACUUGAACUUUAGCACGUCUUGCUGCCGAAAUUGCUUCAGUUGCUCAUAAUCGAACUACAUAUUGACUA